AUGGAUUCUACAACUCCCCCUUCACGGCUCUCUAUAAGUAGCCCUCGCUCAAGCACUGCCGAUAGCAUGCAGAAAGGCCGGCAGCGCACAAUUACUGCGUGCCUGACAUGUCGCCGUCGCAAGGUCAAGUGUGAUCACACGCAGCCCACCUGCACGCCAUGCAAGAAGGGAAAUCGCGCUUGUAUCUACGCCAGUCCACAGCCUGCCCUGUGUAAUCCUUCUCGCGCCCGGGAAGGUAAUCGUAUUUCGAGAAGCAACCUGCGAACGGACCAAGAAGAGAUACGCAAUCGCCUCGAACGACUGGAACGACUUCUAGAGCGGGCAACCGCCAGUAUUAGCAGUAUCUCGCAAUCGUCUGACAUGAGAGUAUAUAGCGCAGGAACCUCCCGUGACAUUGAUCAGGUAAAAGGCGCAUCCCCAAACCCGCGAGCCGAAACUUUGUCGACCGAUGGUUUUGAUGGUGCUUUGCUCUUGGAGGCCGAGGAGGGCCAGUCUCGCUGGGUCUCAUCUUUACAUUACGCUCUCUUGGCUGAUCAGAUCCAUGAUGUUAAACUGCUGCUUGGGGAUGAAUCUGGCGGCGAGCCAGUGGAAAGCUCACCAACAGACCAGGCAACCCCCCCAUUCCCGUUUUCUGCUACCACUGUGGACAGCCUUGCGGCUUCUGCACCUAAUUCCGCUGACAACUGCUUGGCAUUGCUUGACAUAUUCUAUUCCAACGUCGAUCCAAUGACAAGAUUGUUCCACAAACCGACGCUUCAGCGACGAUUCACCCAGUAUAUCAACUAUACAUAUGGUACGACCACUUCAACUCCAGGGCGCCAGGAGGCUGAAACCCCGAGACCGGACCAAGCCCUUCAUACCUUUGAACCCUUAGCGCUGGCUAUAUUCUACUCAGCCAUCAAUACCCUGUCAGCGGAAAAUGUCAUGCUACAAUUUGUUGCAGACAAGGAGACACUCCUCGCCCAGUUCCAAAGAGGAGUGGAACUUGGGUUGGGGAGAGAAAACUUCUUAGUAACUCCAAGUAUUGAAGUCCUCCAGGCAUUUGUACUACUUUUGACUUGCCAAGCACGGGAAGAUGGCAUGGCAAGAACCUGGACCCUCCUUGGUCUCGCUGUCAAAAUGGCUCUCUCACAAGGCCUUCACAGAGAGCCAUCGUUAUUCCCGUCGAGCAAUAUGGAUGUUGUACAGGUUGAAACUCGCCGCAGGCUAUGGCACCAGAUAUGCCAUCUUGAUUUCCGCUCCUCAGAAGGUCGAGGCCAGGAGCCCACGAUAUCAGACGAAGAUUACACUACGUUGCUGCCACGAAACGUCUGCGAUGACGAUCUUGUGGAAGGAGUACAUCUCGGUGCGGAGACAUACUCGCCCCCCGGAUUUACCGACAUGACAGGCCACUUGAUUCGGCUGAAUGGCAUCCAAUGCUUCCGAAAAAUAGUUCGGAGCACUUAUAGGCUGGAGCGGAGAAUCAAGUCAUCGGCUCUCAACGGGAAUGGCAAUCUGUAUCCAAUCGCAGAGCUUCAGUCUUUAUUUGAAGAGGUUCGAAGCAUGGUACAUGAAAUGGCCACCCAUCUUCAAACCCAGUACCUGCAAUACUGCGAUCCGCAGGUUCCUCAGCAGCGAAUGGCCCUUGGCCUUGCCGCGGUUAUUGAAUGGCGCUGCUGGUCCAUCUUCUGGCUGAGAACCCCAAAACAAUAUAGGGAGGCCGCAGUGUCCCCUGAGAUUAGACAAACAGUAUUAGCAAAGUCAGUCAGCCUAAUUGAGAGUUUGAACUCAAUGCCGGAUGACCAAGAUGCCCAGAGGUUUCAAUGGCAUAUUGGUGGCCAUGCCUGUUUUCAAUCUAUCAUGCACAUUGUCUCGGAACUUGAGACACCUGAAUUCAAAGCGCCGAAUCAUAGUCUACUCCGGGCUCGUGCAGUAGAAGUCUUGAAGAAGACAAUGGAUACGAGAGGACGAGCACCCACGCAGAUGUGGAAAGUCAUCAAUCGUAUCAUCUCGAAUUGUCUUGUCAAAAAUGCACCGGCGAACCUCCCUUUAACACCAUUCCAGACUGUCCUUCCUCGAAAUGGAGUUAUCCCCGGAAUAUGGUCAUCAACUACUGCAUCACCUUUGGCAAUCCCGCAAAGUUUAUCGGCAUCGGGAGAAUCCGCAACAGACACCCCAUUGCUUGAUCUAUCGGAAAUUGGGAGUAUAGACAUGCAGGAUCCUGUCACGUCUUUUGACUGGGGAUUUUGGAACCUUGACCCUACAGAUCCUAGCUCUUAUUAA